GUCAUUUCGCCUCUUAUCUUUCAAAUUCAAAUAUAAAAGUUUCGGCAACGGUCAUCGUCUUACUCUCUCUCACACACACAGUCGUCCUUCUCCUCUCACACCUCUCUCUCCCUCCGCCGCUCCAAAUCCCCAAAUUGACACAGCAUAUAUCCAAUUUCCUAUCUCGGGAAGAAUCACCGCAUCACCGGUGACCAACCAAACACAACCGAUUACCGACGAUGAGAUCCACCGUGGAGACUCGCGGCAGCGACAGUGGAUUCCUGGGGAGCAUAUCGGCCUCUUCCAUCAGAAAUUUGCUUCCGAGAUCCAUCUCUUCCAAGAAGAAGCACAGGUCCAAGUUCUUCCGCAGCGAGAACGAUCCUCCUCUGCACCCCAACAUUCAAAUCAGCGAUCCUCCGCUCUCUCCUUCGCUUCCAAAACCCUUGAUUUCCUCCAAAUCGCUCCAAUCCGAUGUUCAGCCUGCGAUUCCCUCCUCGCCGGACCGUCCGACUGUCCAGAAGGUGGAGGCUGCGGAAUCAGUGGAGAAGAACGAAUUAUCGGAAGCUUCUGAUCCGUCCGUGAAGGUUGUAGUGAGAAUUAGGGUUUUGAAUGACCAGAGAAGGGAGCGCAGUCGAACAGUGAGGAAGGAUUCUUCAGAUUCACUGUCGAUUGGUGAUAGAAACUUCACAUUCGAUUCUGUUUUAGACUCCAAUUCGACCCAGGAAGAUGUGUUCCGGGAAGUUGGAAUUCCGUUGGUUCAGAGUGCAUUGGCUGGGUACAAUGCUUCUAUCUUGUCUUAUGGACAGUAUAUACUAUAUAUUGAUUUGCUUACUGGUGGUGGGUUCUUUCCAUUUGCGAUUCAAAAGACUGGAAGUGGGAAGACCUACACAAUGUGGGGUCCUCCAAGCGCCAUGGUUGCGGAUCCUUCACCUAGCAGUCACCAGGGAAUUGUUCCUCGGAUUUUCCAAAUGUUGUUUGAUAAGAUUCAAAAAGAGCAAGAUAGCUCUGAAGGAAAGCAGACUAAUUACCAGUGCAGGUGUUCUUUCCUUGAGAUAUAUAAUGACCAAAUUGGGGACUUGCUUGAUCCAGUUCAGCGGAACCUUGAGAUAAUGGAUGAUCCAAAAAAUGGAUUGUUUGUGGAGAAUUUGACUGAGGAGUACGUGACUAGUUAUGAGGAUUUAGCUCAAAUGUUAAUCAAGGGGCUUUCAAGUAGAAAAGUUGGAGCAACAAGUGUAAACUCUAAGAGCUCUAGAUCUCAUAUUGUGUUUACUUUCAUAAUCGAAUCCUGGUGUAAGGGGAUGUCGUCAACAUGUUUCAGUAGUUCAAAGAUUAGCAGAAUUAGCUUUGUAGAUCUUGCCGGGAUCGACAGGAAUAAACCUGACGAUUCAGGGAGGCAGCUAGCCAGGGAAAGCAAACAUGUGAAGAAGUCCCUCUCUCAGCUUGGGCAAAUUGUGAGCAGUCUCGCAAAAGAAGAUCAACCUGAAAAAUUCAGAGAUGUUCCUUAUGAAGAGUCCUGUUUAACACAUUUGCUUCGGGAGUCACUUGGCGGAAAUACCAAGCUGACGGUUAUCUGCAACAUCUCUCCUGAUAAUAGAAAUGACAAUGAGACCUUAAGGACACUUAGAUUUGGACAGCGAAUCAAGUCGAUCCAAAAUAAACCGGUAAUAAAUGAAAUAUCGGAGGAUGAUGUAAAUGAUUUGAGUGAUCAGAUACGCCAACUCAAGGAGGAGCUCAUCCGGGCAAAAUAUGACACAUGUAAAUCAGCUGGAAGUAAAAGUGGUUACUUCAGGGGGCGGAAUGUGCGUGACAGCUUGAAUAGCUUAAGAGUUAGCUUGAACCGCUCUUUAAUGAUGCCCAAGAUUGAUGUUGAUUCCGACGAUGAGGCUAACAUUGCUGACGUGGAUGAUGUAAUGGAACUGCACAACCAUCUCAAGAAGCUCCGAAUUUCAGGCGAGGAGAACUUAACAGAUGUAUCCGACAACAGGGAUUCUGUGCAUUUCACAUCAGUAGACCAAAGUUUUGAAACUGAUGCCAUGACUGAAGAUGGUGAUGAAGUCGAUGGUCCAGCUAGAGCUGAAAAUGAAGAAAUUGAUUCAUUGAAGAACAAGAAAGGCAUAGACGAACUUUCAAGCAGCCUUAUCGUAGAUCCUGCUUCUAUCAGGCGUAGCAUAUCUAUCAGCUUGUGCCGCCAGUCUCAAGUUCUCCAAGAACCACUGCUGUCUGAAUCUCCUAAAAUUGGAAAUACCAGGAAGAGCACGGCCAUCUCACCAUCAGCAUUUUCCUCGAGUCAGAAUAAUGUUUCAGAGAGCUCAAACUUCCACUCAAUUGGAGCAAGUCGGUCGUUUAGGAGAAGUGAGCAGAUUAGAUCGUCACUGCGUUCAAGCAAGGUAUUGGGAGGCCCCACUGAGUCCCUGGCUGCUAGCCUUCAGAGGGGCUUGCAGAUAAUUGACCAUCACCAACGAGCCUCGCCGCUGUCCAACAGAUCCACGGCAUCUUUCUCUUUCGAACACUUCGCAUUGAAACCAACUGCUUCGGUUCACAAGUCCAUGGAAGGUUCCCUCCCAUCUACUGAAGAAGUGGCUUCUUCAGGCUCUUUACUUUGUUCAUCGUGUCGCGAAAAAGUUGUGGUCGAUGAAACCUCUACUCAGGCUGCGGCAGGCUGUGAAGUAGCCAAUCCUGAUGAACUGAGCAAGCGUUCAAGCGGUGAUGAGCUAGUGAAAGUUAGCACUAGAGAGAAGGAAUUUGAAAUUCUUUGCAAGGAGCAGGCAGCAAAAAUUGAGGAGCUAAAUAAGAUGGUUGAAGAAUACAAACAAGUUGCAGAACAGCAGCCCAUGCAAAAUGGCUAUAUACUAGCUCUGGAGGCACCAUCCAAGUGUUUGAGACCUGGUUCUAAGGAGGGAAAUGACGAAUGUGAAGUGAAAGAAAUGGUUUCAGAUGAAGCACACACAAGUUCCGACACGAGGGAGAAAGAAGAACUUCUGAACGAAAUCGAAACUCUAGAGGCCAAGUUGAAGACGUAUACCGACGCACCACCUUCAACGAAAUCUACCGACUUGCUCAGAUCAUCUCUGCUCACACGAUCCAUUCAAUUCCGGAAGAGCAUAGACAUGCGUCGCAGCAAUUCCAGCUCCUUCAACGACGUCGAAGAACUGGAGAAGGAAAGACAGAGGUGGACGGAAAUGGAGAGCGACUGGAUCUCCCUAACCGACGAGCUGAGGAUCGACCUCGAGUCCAGCCGCCGGCAGGCAGAGAAAGUGGAGACGGAGCUCAGGCUGGAGAAGGCCGUGACCGAAGAAUUGGACGACGCUCUCCACAGGGCCGUGGUUGGACACGCCAGGAUGGUGGAGCACUACGCCGAUCUGCAGGACAGGCACAACGACUUGGUUGCCAAGCACCGAGCAAUGAUGGAAGGAAUAGCAGAGGUGAAGAGGGCUGCAGCCAAGGCGGGAACCAAAGGCGGCCGCCGGUUCGCCAAGUCGCUGGCGGCAGAGCUUUCUGCGUUGAGGGUGGAGAGGGAGAGGGAGAGGGAGCUGCUGAGGAAGGAGAACAAGAGCUUGAAGCUCCAGCUUAGGGAUACUGCUGAAGCUGUUCAUACUGCAGGGGAAGUGCUCGUCAGGCUGAGGGAAGCUGAGGAAGCUGCAUCGUUUGCCGAGGACAAAUGUGGGAGCGUUGGGGAAGAGAAUGAGAAGCUGAAGAAGCAGAUGGAGAAGAUGAAGAGGAAGCACAAGAUGGAGAUGGUGACGAUGAAGCAGUAUCUGGCGGAUAGCAGGCUGCCGGAGAGUGCACGGCGGCCGAUGUACGACGGAGAAGAGUCGGAGUUGCUGCCGGAGAGUAGUGUACCGGAUGAUGAUCAGGCGUGGAGAGCUGAGUUUGGAGCCAUCUAUCAAGAUCACCAUUACUGAUCAGAAUUGAUUGAUUACUGGUGAAACAGGGAGCUAGUUUGUAACGAAAUUGUUUGAUUAGAGUUUCGAGACCCUACUCGGGUCAAUGCUUUAUUGUUGUUGGCUGUCGGCUAUUUGCUUGUUCAAAAUUCAUUUUUUGUUGUGUCGAGAUCCUAAUGUUGUGGUCUUCUGAAAUUUUUUAUUUGUGUAUAAAUGAUUUGAAAUAACAUUUCCAAAUUGGUGAACAAAAACAUGCACCUCAUCGAGAUAACAUGAGGGU